AUGACAACUGAAUUCGUUCGUCAACCCUACAUGAACAGUGGAGGAUUUCACGUUGGUUCAAUAAAUGAUACUGACAGUUUUGAUAAUGAUCCAUUGAAUAUUGACAAUCGUUCGGGCUAUGAUCCAAAUGAUGAAUAUUAUACUCAACAACAACAAUAUGUUUAUAAUAACGAAGAUCUAAAUUAUGGAGAAGACAUGGAACCAUCGACAAUUGAUCAAAUACAAAUGCAAAAUCCGCUUUCAACAUCAUCGACAAAAAAUUUGAAUCAAUUUAGUGAUAUAAGUGGUAAAACAUCAUCAGAAAUGAAAAAAUCAGCAAAAAAGAAAGAAUCAAAGCAACAACAAGAAGUCAUAACCGGUGAAUCGAAUCGAUUCGAAGGUGAUCAACAAAGAUCUCAAAAGACAAAAGAUAAAUUAAUGAAAGAAAAAGAAAAACAAGAACGUCAACGUCUAAAAGACGAAGAAAAACUAAAGCGACAAGAAGAAAAGCAACGAAAAAAAUCCAAAAGCAAAACGAGAGAAGAAUCACAGUACAUUGAUGAUCAAAAUAAUAUUCCUCAACGUUAUGAUGAUGAUCAUCCACAACCUCAACCCUAUGAUCGUCAUGAAACUGAUGCUGAUGAAGGAGAAUAUUAUCCUAAUCAACAACAGCAAAACCACAGCACGGAUGUGAGACCAACGGUGAAACAAUCAAAUGAUAAACAACGUUAUAAUCCAUCAGGACUAAAAGCAAAAGUUGUGAUGUUAGAUGAUAGUGAAGAAUUAAUCGAUUAUGAUAAAAAUGAUACUGGAAAAGACUUUUAUAGUCGUGUGUGUGAUAUAAUGCGUUUAGAAGAAAAGGACUAUUUUGGUUUAACAUUUUUAGACAAUCAAAAUAUGAAAUUAUGGUUGGAUAAUGAUAAACGUGUUCGAAGUCAAUUAAAAGGUGCUGAGCCAAUUUUUUAUUUUAAAACAAAAUUUUAUCCGCCGGAACCAGCUUUACUUCAAGAAGAUUUAACAAGAUAUCAGUUAUGUCUACAACUACGUCAUGAUAUCUUAUCGGGAAAAUUACCUUGCUCAUUUGUAACCUAUGCUUUACUGGGUUCAUAUACGGCUCAAGCUGAAUUGGGCGAUUAUUCUGAAUUUGAUCAUGGUCAAGGUUAUGACUAUUUGAGAGAAUUACAGUUUGCUCCGACACAAAACGAUGAACUAUUACGAAGAAUUGCUGAACAACAUAAACGACACAAAGGUCAAGCACCGAAUGGAGCUGAUUUACAUUUUUUAGAAAAUGCUAAAAAAUUAGCAAUGUAUGGAGUUGAUAUUCACCACGCACAAGAUUCCGAAAAUGUUGAUAUUAACAUCGGUGUAUCAGCUAAUGGUUUAUUAAUUUAUCGUGAUAAAUUACGAAUUAAUCGAUUCGCAUGGCCAAAAAUAUUAAAAAUAUCUUACAAAAGAAAAUAUUUUUAUAUUAAAUUAAGACCGGGUGAUUUUGAUCGUUAUGAGAGUACAAUUGGAUUCAAACUGUCAACGUAUAAAGCAGCAAAAACACUAUGGAAAAUAGCGGUUGAACAUCAUGCAUUCUUUCGUUUGCGUAGACCAGAAGAAUUACGUAAAAAGCCCAUAUUGCCUCGUUUUAAUUCAACAUUUCGUUAUACUGGUACAUAUACCUACCAUCAAGCAAGGCAAUUAUUAUUAGAACGGCCAGCACCAGAUUUCGAAAGAUCUUUGAGUAAACGAAUGACAAGGAGUUUAGACGUUUUAACACCUGAUCAAAGAAAAGCUGGUGAAAAUUAUAGUCCAAGUCGUCUUCACAAACCUGUUAUUAACCAGAAUCGUUUUCCCAAUCAACAUCAAUAUCCGCAGAGUCAUUUAGUUCGACCAGCAAGCAUUGAUCCACUUACAGAUCAACCUCUUCCGAAACGUCAAUCCCCAACAAUGGUGCGACCGCAACAGAAUAAACCGCGUGAUAAUUACAUUGAUAGAGAAAAUGAAUCUUAUUUCCCAUCAGCACGAGAAAGUAGUCAACCAACAAUUCAUGAUCCGGAAUACGCUCACGUUAAUAAACCAACAAAAUCGACACCAUCAACAUUGGAGAGAGAUGAUAAAAAGCCAGUUCAAAAUGGAAUACAACCGGCAACACCGUCACGAGAUCCCCGUGGUGUACAAGUUCUUCCAACAGGUCCAAUACCAGAAUUGAAACCAAAACGACCACCAGUUCUUCCUCCAACAUAUGCUAAUGUUAAUGGUCAAGAUGCACGAACACCACCACCCAUUCCUCCACAAAAAUCUAAAACUCAAAAAGAUGGUCACCCCGUGGAUCAUGAUGAAGUAAGCUUUGUCCAUCUGUUACAAAU